AUGUCGAAAAUUCUCCGCAACGGCAUCCCACGCACUGAAGAUGGCAAGAUCGAUUUCAGCUGGAAGAACCACUACGGAUUCACCGGCUUUAUCGUUCUUCUCGGGUUUCUCUUUCCACCUCUAGCCGUAGCGAUUCGCUUCGGCAUCGGCAAGGACUUUUUCAUCAACGUCCUGCUCACCAUCUGUGGAAUUAUUCCUGGUCACAUUCAUAAUUGGUUCAUCCAAAAUAUACGAAACAACGACACGAAAGCACGGACGCCGAAAUGGGCGAUUCGCUACGGUCUAGUCGACGAUCGUCCCAGCAAGAAACUUGCCAAGAAGAGACAGUGGACGGGCAGGUUCAAUGACAGGUUACCACCGAGUCAGGCGAUGGUGUAUGAUGAUCAAGGGAAUGCGCAUAUAGUUGAAGAGGUUGAGGAGAGAAGGGGCGGUCUUACGGCACCGUGGAACGUCUAUGCAGGUGAUCAAGGCGUCAAGAAUCACAAGACCGGCUUGGUGGAACCCGAUCAGUGGAUCAACGAGGAUCCACAACAACCUAGAAUGGAGUACGGAGAGAUGCAAAAGCAGACGCGGGCGAAACAGUCGAAGUUGGCUAGGUUCCGACAUCGACGCAGUGCUAAUGCCGAGGAAAUGGACCCCAGCACUCAUAGCCACAGUGCGAGAAGACUCAGCAGCAGCCAGAGCUCCACUUCGUCGGUUAGUAUUGCUACACCCGAGAACCCAACAAGAUCAUUAUUCGGACCACACCGCAGUGGCGAAAGUGAUGGAUUCAAAUCGAACUCUUACCCAUCAGCCGCACCAGCAAUCUCGAACACGACCAAGACCAGCCGUCGCGAUCAUGACAUCUUCGCCCAUGAAUUUUAG